UCUCAUUCAUGUGCUGUUGUUGUGUUUCUUCUUCUUCUUCUUCUUCUUCUUCUUCUUCUUCUUCUUCUUCUUCUUCUUCUUCUUCUUCUUUCUUGCAGCCUUGGCAACGAAGGCAGAUGGGACUUGGAGGAGUUAGGACAUCACGGAAGAGGAGGGAGGAAGACUAUAUGGAUCCUCAGCAGGGCCUCUGCCUCGGGUCCAUCUUCGACAUAUCUGCCACCAAUGGACUGGAUAUGGGUCGGCGACUCUGCGUUUUUGGAUUCUGCCGCUCAGUGGAGAUGCUGUCUGAUGUCGUCCAAGAUGUUGUGUUGGAGCAAGGAGGAGAGGUGUUGAUUGUAGAGCUGCUGAACGAUGCGGGCGGUUUAAAUGAACGGCUCAGCAUGAUGGUGGCUGUUCCAUACCUCUGGGGGUUUAGCGGUGCAGCACUGGUACCCAGAGGAGAUGAAGCAAGCAGUGGGCAGUAUACGUGCUUUGCAUCUCGUUUCUAUAUCGUUCUUGCUAUACUAGUGAUUGCCUUGCAGGGUUUAGCUGUGCAGCACUCUUACACAGAGCAGAUGCAGCAAGCAGUGGGCAUUGGACAUGCUCAAUCUAUCUUGCACAGGCUAUGCCCAGGCCUAAGGGGUUUGCGCUUAUCGAUUUGCACAGGCAGGCUAUGCCCAGGCGCUUAUGGAUUUGCACAGGCUAUGCCCAGGCCUAAGGGGUUUGCGCUUAUCGGUUUGCACAGCCUAUGCCCAGGUGCUUAUGGAUUUGCACAGGCUAUGCCCAGGCGUAAGGGGGUUGCGCUUAUCGAUUUGCACAGGCUACGCCCAGGCGAUUAUGGAUUUGCACAGGCUAUGCCCAGGCGAUUAUGGAUUUGGACAGGCUAUGCCCAGGCGAUUAUGGAUUUGCACAGGUUAUGCCCAGGCCUAAGGGGGUUGCGUUUAUCGAUUUGCACAGGCUAUGCCAGGCCUAAGGGGGUUGCGCUUAUCGAUUUGCACAGGCUAUGCCAGGCCUAAGGGGCUUGCGCUUAUCGAUUUGCACAGGCUAUGCCCAGACGCUUAUGGAUUUGCACAGGCUAUGCCCAGGACUAAGGGGGUUGCAUUUAUAUCGAUUUGCACAGGCUAUGCUCAGGCCUAAGGGCGUUGCACUUAUCGAUUUGCACAGGCUAUGCCCAGUCCUAAGGGGGUUGCGCUUAUCGAUUUGCAAUUGGUGACUGCUGUCCUCAGCAAGACAAUGACCACUUGCAAUGAACAUAACCGAUAACCACAACCCCGUCAUGGGCGUUGAUUUGGCUUAUGCUGCAUAGAGGGUGAUGGUUUUGUUGGGCGAACAACAAGAUAGUGUUUGUUUGUGUCUGCAGCCAUGGUAGAUGGUCUGUAGGUUAACUAACAGGAGAGGAUAAAGGCAAAGACAAUGGGACAAUUUGGCUCCAACGAGACGAGGAGAGGACAUAUGAUCAGAGGGCUAGCAACAGGACCUGUGGUGUGGAGAGAGAUGGGAAUUGUGUUCCUAUUCUCUGGUGUAUGUGCAGGACCUGUGCCCUGUCAAGUGAAGGGAAGGGGUUGCUUGAAGUGGCACCACAUGGAAUGAAGGAUGCGGAGACCAGGCGUGCUGCUACUGCUACUGCUACUGCUGCACAUUGUGCUCCUUUGGGCUUAGCUCCACUGGAUAACAUUCUAAAUGUACCUGGACCUAGCAGUGGCCCUGAUGCAUUCAACACGUUUGAUCAGUCCGAAGUUCCGAACGUAUUUGGUCCAUUAAGUAACCUAGAUAUGUGUCGAACAUUGAGUAGUGGAGUGAGGCCCUUGAUCUGGAGAACAACUCGUCUAACUACCCUAGGAUCAGUAGAAGGAACCUUGUAGGAAUCUAUGUACAGCAUUGAUAUUGUUUGCAGGGAUAUUUUUGCUUCUGUAUAUGAUGAUCACAUCUCACCUGUAUAUAUGGUGUUUAUCUCUGUAUGCAUCACUAGGGUGAGAGCAGAAAGAUAGCAUUUAAUGUGUAAGAGUGAAAGACAACAACGAAGUGGAAAGAGACAGCAAAGAAGUGGAAACAGACAGCAACGGAGUGGAAACAGACUGCAACGAAGUGGAGAGCAAGGGUGUGAGAGCAAAGGGGACCAAUUGGUGGUGCAGGCUACAUUGACGAAGUGAGGAGUCAUGUAUGCGAGCAUUGCAGGCUUGGAGACGAAAGGUGGAAGAAAGGCCAGACUGGUGUGAAUGGUGGUCCUCUUCGCAUAAGAGGAGAGAGUGUGGGAAGAGAUCAAGAUGGCUUCAUCCUUCUUUUUUCUUUUUUUUUUGGUUCCUUUGUUUGUUUGUUUGUAGGCGACAAUUUGUAUCAGUAUGGGACCUUGCAUCUGUUUUUUUUUGUUUUUUUUUAAGAAUCUGUUAUUCAUUGUGCUGGGCACUGUUGGGCACUGUUGGCUGUUAAUUUCCACCUUGCGAAGGAUGCCUUCAGUCCGUUAAAAACGUUUUUUUAACUUUUUCAACUUUUUUGAAGUUUUUUUCCGUUUGAAGUUUGAACACCAGAACUCAAGCUGCACCGUCUUUUUUUUUCUUUUUUUCCCCCCCCCAAGCUGUAGCCUAACAAACACUGAUGAUUGUU